AUGAAUAUAAAAAAAGCUAGACUAAUUAGAAUAUUGGUAGAGGGACUACCAGUGAAAAAAGAGUCCUAUUGUAAUCACGACAAGCUAGCGAACGCAGUUCUAGAAGCCCAAGAAGAAGGUCUCGUAGUCCUAGGAGAAGAUCUCGAUCUCGUAGCCCUAGAAGAAGAUCUCGAUCACGCAGUCCGAGAAGGAGACGAUCACGCAGUCCAAGGGGAUCGAUCUCGCAGUCCAAGAAGGAGAUCUCGAUCACGCAGUCCAAGAAGGAGAUCUCGAUCACGCAGUCCGAGAAGGAGAUCGCGAUCACGUAGCCCACGAAGGAGAUCUCAUUCAUAUAGCCCUAAAAGAAAAUCGUCGUCCCGGAGCCCUCGGAGACGUUCACGUUCUCCACGAAGGAGACGCCGUAAACACUCGGCCUCUCCACGUCGUAGACACUCUCGAUCUGCUUCUUCCUCCCCUGAUAGAUCUAGGCGUCAUCGAGAUAACGGUCAUCAUGGACGUAGAAAAUCUUCCCGCUCGCGAUCCCGAUCUCGUUAA